GAGGGUAAAUUAAAUCAGUAUAAUCAAGGGCUUUAUCUUCGCAAAAGAUAUGGUAAACUUUUGGGUACUGUUUAUAGCCCAGAUAUAUUUUAUCUACGCAGCACAGAGGUGGAUAGAACAAAAAUGUCUGCUAUGUUAGAAGCUGCUGCUCUUUGGAGACCUGAACAAAAUCAAAUCUUUAAAGAGGAUUUGCCAUGGCAGCCUGUUAUUCUUCAUUACGAGCCUAAAGAUAAAGAUAAUCUUCUUCUGACGACUCCAUGUCCAGCCUAUUUUCAGGAAUUGGACAGAGUAAUGAAGUCUGCUGAAAUUAUAAAGCUUCAAGAAGAAAAUGAAUUAAUGUAUCAAGAACUCAGAAAUUUCACUGGUCUAAAUAUUAGGAAUCCAGAUGAUAUAUGGUCCCUCUAUGGCACUCUCAGAGCUGAGCCACGCGAUAAGACUCGAACGAUUCUGGCACACUUGACAAUAGAAGAACGCAACAUCGCUUUUCGCGUUGGUCCAUCAGAUUCGUAAGGGCUCAUUCAGACCGAAACCAGCGGGAAGCGGGAAGCGAGCAACGGAAUCUUGGCCGCGAAACUACAUUUUCUGCCUUUUUAUAUUAGGUAACCGUAUUAAAGCAUUAAGAAAUAAGUUAUUUGCCUUAAUUACGUAUAUAGAGUCAAGUAUACUACAUUGAAAAUAAUAAUACAUAAUUUUUCUUAAAACAUGACUUCAUUACUAAGCAGAUUCCAAUGCUUGGACUGCGAUUUUGGAAAGUUGAUCAACGUUCAACUUUCCGUAG